CUCCCCUUUUCCUCGUCACGUGGAAACAGAUCCAUCCGUGGGCACACACUUCCCAGCAGGGACAUGAAGAUGAUAAGUAGGGCUUUCAUGAUUUCGGCAGCGCUCGCCGCGAGCACGCGCGGACGAAACGGGGUGAGCGCCUUCGCUGUGCUAGGCCGCCUGCGGCCGUCGUCGGCAGCAGGCGCGAGCAGCUUCGCCGGCAAGGCGCUGCCCGCGGCGGUUGCACCGAGAUCGUCGCCCGUCGCCGCUUUCACCUGCGCUGACGGCAGCCGCGGCAGCAGAGACGCGAUGGGGAUGCUGUUCUCCAACCCUUUCAAGAAGAAGGAGGUCGACUACGAGGAGCUGGAGGGCGGGGCGGAAGAGGCGGCUAGGGCGGCGCUCAAGGGGGAGGUGCCGUCGAAGAGCGAAGCUGGGCACGACAUCGCGACGUUCGCUGGUGGAUGUUUCUGGGGGCUGGAGCUGGCCUUCCAGCGCGUGCCUGGGGUGGUGGCGACGUCGGUGGGGUACACGCAGGGCGCCGUGGAGAAGCCCACGUACGGAGAGGUUUGCAGCGGCUCUACCGGACACACGGAGGCCGUGCAGGUAUACUACAACCCUUCGGAGGUGUCUUUCGAGGAGCUGUGCGGGGUCUUCUUCGGCCGCAUCAACCCCACGCAGGUUAACGGCCAGGGGGGCGACAGGGGCACCCAGUACCGAACGGGGGUCUACCCCCACACCAAGGGGCAGUCCGACGUGGCGCUGAAGGUGGUGGAUGGCUUGCGGGGCAACUACAAGCAGCCGAUCGCUACUGAGAUCGAGGGCGCCAAGGUCUACUGGCCGGCAGAGUUGUACCACCAACAAUACCUCCCCAAGGGUGGUCCCAACGGCAUGGCCCAAAACGCGGAAAAAGGAGCCACGGAAACCAUCCGCUGCUACCGCUAA